AAAUUUAUUACUUUUUCUUUUAUCUUAAUUAUUUGGCCUAUUUAUAAAGUUGUGAAAUUAAUUUAUUAAUAUAUUCUUUCCACUGUUAUUACAAGUUACACAAAAUGGCCUGCGUUGAAAAUAUACCGCCAAGGAAUGUCGACUCAGAGAUGGAGGAAGGCGAAAUAAUAGAUGAACUCGAUGAUCUUUCCGAUAUAUCCUCCGAUGAAGAGUUUCUACUUCGCCAAAGGUUACAUGUUCUGGAAACCUACAACAAUGUCCUUGAAAGAAAGAAAGCCAACAGCAUCUCAGUUGCGUCAGAAUUAGAAGAGACCAGCCCACAAUUGCUAAACACUAAUAGGCAGAUUAAAACUUGUACUAAAGAAAAAGGAAAAAAGGAGUUGACACCACUUCGAAUUUCUGCUCGAAACAAAGAUUACAAAAAAAAGGGACGCCGAAAGAAGAAACUACAAACAAAAAUAAUAAGUGACACAAGUGAAGAGUCAGAUGAUGAAUAUAGAAAUAAAAGAAGAAAAUUGGCUGAUGCAGUUUCAGUACAUAAAAUUAAAAAUGACACAUCUUUAAGUAGUAGACUUAAAAAAAUGCUUUAUAAAUCACAAGAUUUAGUAGAAACCAUAGAUCCUACAUCUGAUAAUUCUAAGGCAGUAGAAGCAGAUAAUUUAAUUAAUUCUCCUAUUCUUGAUGAAAGUUAUAAAUCUAACAAUUUAAUAAGUGAAGCAGAAAAAUUUGUGAAAAAUGCUGUUGAAAUAUGUGAGUUAAUUGAUUUGAGUAAUGAUGAUGAUGUCAAAUCUUAUAAUGAUCAAAAGCAAACACAAGAUACUGUUGAUUCAGGUAUUAUAGAUAAAAAUGGUGAAAACAUUGUAGGUGACUCUGAUGAAGACCUAGAAUUAUUAAGACAAGAUGCACUUAAAACAAAAUCUUCAAAGAUUAAAGUGUCUCAACCACAAAUUGAACCUGAAAAUAAAUUAUUAUCUGAAGAUGAUGAUACAUACACUGCUGAAUUGAGAUUAAUUUGUCUUAAAUCAACUUAUUUAAAAAAAGCAAUUGAAUUGAAAAGAAAGCAAAAGUUAAAGAAAAGGCUUUCUCAGUCUUCCAUUUUACAUGAUGAGUUUAUUAAUGGAGAAGAUAUAUUGUCAAACCAAAUUGAUUCACAGAAUAACACUGAUAUAGAUUCUGUAGAUAUGGACAUAGGAUCUGAUGGUGAUGAAAAAAUAAAAGAGUUAGAUAAUGUUAGUGCCAAAAUUAAUACAGUGAAUGAAGCUAUUAUAAACGGUAAUUAUGAUAAACAUAUCACAAUGAAACCGAAAGAUGACGAGUUGGAGGAUGAUGAAGAUUUGUUAAGAGCCAAAUUGUUGACAUCUUUAAGUAAAAAUUUACCUAAACUCAUAGAUCCAAAUGUCAUAAAUACAAUUAAAGAAGAUACAGAUGAAAAGCAACCAGUUUUAACAGAUAAAAAACAAAUGACUAAAAUAUCAGAGCAAAAGAGGUUUAUUAUCAAACUUGGAGAUUCUGAUUCUGAAGGAGAACAUGAAGCAACAAAAAACUUAACAAAAAUGCAUAUAAAACAACAGCAAUCAGAUUUUAAUCAACAGCUUGAUAUGUUUCUAAAGUUUACACGUAUGCAGGUUGAAAAUAAAGAAAAUCCAAAUACACUACCAGCUGAAACAAUAAAGCCUGCUGAAAAGUUUGUUGCGAAGUCUGUAAAACAUUUGCCUAAAUCUGAACAGAUUGAGUAUAAAAAUUUAGUAAAAAAAAUGGCAGAGUUGGAGAAAAUUAAGAAAGCCAGACAAUCUGCAAUGAAUCUAUUAAAUAAACAGCAAAUUGUCUCAAAACAAUCAUUGAGGCCUCAUAAUGAUUCUAUGGAACCUAUUAAAAAAUCAAACGAUAUGGAUGAACAAAUUGCUAUAUCAAGGAAAAAGAUUGCAGAUGAAUCAUCAAAUAUGCUUAGGCUAAAAGAGGAGGCGACAAAAUUGUCUCAGAAGUAUAAAAUAGCCGCCACUGAACUCAGAAAUAUAACCACCGCCAUUACAUUAAAUAAGAAACAGCAGAAGUCUGCACAGAAUCGGUUAUCAAAAAUAAGAUUGCAACACCUCGCUUUAUUAAAAAGCUCAAACUUUAAACAUUCCAGAAAAAAUAAUGCAGUACAAAUAAUUCAGGCUAAUAAUGAAAAUAAUAAUACAAAUAAAGUACAAAAAGAAAAUUAUACAACUGAGGAAGAACAAAAACACCUGCAGUCAUUAAAGUCUGUGAAAGCUAGUGUUGCCAAUGAUAUGAAGGAUGAUAUAUUCGCUCCAAGGUUGUCUAUUCAAGUGGACAUUACUAAAAAUAAAAAAGUGGUUAGAAUGCCCAAGAGCCCAGUAAAAGAUACUAAUAAUGUAACAAGUACUUUUGACAGUGAAACAACAAAUAUUUCACAUCAAAAUAUGUCAAAUGAAUCUGAGUGCAAAAAUGCUGAUAAGAGUAUACAAAGAAGAAACAGUCGAGAAAUUAUUAAUGACACUGAUGGUAGUCGUAAAAGUGGUGAUAAGAGUAUACAAAGAAGAAACAGCAAAGAAAUAAUUAAUGACAACGAUUUUAGUCGUAAAAGUGCGGAUAAAAAUAUACAAAGAAGAAACAGCAAAGAAAUAAUGAAUGACACUGAUUUUAGUCGUAAAAGUGCAGAGAAAAAUAUACAAAGAAGAAACAGUAAAGAAAUUAUGAAUGACACUGAUUGUAGUUGUAAAAUUUGUGAUAAAACUAUACAAAGAAGAAACAGCAAAGAAAUUAUGAAUGACACUGAUUUUAGUCGUACAACUGCUGAUAAAAACAUACAAAGAAAAAACAGUAAAGAAAUAAGUAAUGACACUGAUUUCAGCCAUAAAAGUGCUGAUAAAAAUAUGCAAAGAAGAAACAGUAAAGAAAUUAUGAAUGACACUGAUUGUAGUUGUAAAAUUUGUGAGAAAAGUAUACAAAGAAGAAACAGCAAAGAAAUUUUGAUUGACACUGAUUGUACUCGUAAAAAUGCUGAUAAAAUUAUACAAAGAAGAAACAGUGUAGAAAUUGUCAAUGACACAAUUCAAGUGCUUAAAUGGAAGAAGAAAGAUGCAGAUGAUUAUAAAUCUCCACUAGAAGCAUUAGAUGCAAGAAAUUGGAAGGAGGACCCGAAUGCCUUUCUAUGCCCUUUCGAAGUCGGAGGAAGUUGCAAGGACCCCGACUGCAAAUAUCUACACCUAAAUACACAGUGAUAACACUGACACACAAUACUAUAUUCACCUAACCACAUACUCAUUGCUCAAACAUAUCCACUAUAUAUUACACAUAUAAACACUACCCUGAACUUAAAUCUCCUCCGACAGCAAACGGAAUCUCCAAUGAUGUGUAAAGUAUACAAAAAGACUUUUAAAUAGCGUCUAUAAUAGAUUUUCAAUGCAUGCAUUCAUCUAUGUUUAAUUCAUAAUUCAUGAAGAUAAUUAUGACCGUUUGUUAAGCGUACAUAUAAUUAUAUAAUAAGUAUUAUAAUUAUCUUAAUCCGAAUUCCAUUUUGUGAUAAUGUAGAUACUAUAAUAAUUAAGGUGAAUGUUAUCAGUUAAUUAAAUGCCGUACUGACUUACCACAGUGCUUGUAGCUGUUUUCAUCGUUCAUAAUAAUGUUUUAUAUUUUCGCACCAAAGAUCUUUAAGAUUUAUAUAUAUAUCUAUUUUUAUCAGACGCCACAUAAUCAGGGUAUACACAUAUCGAUUAAAUUAUUUUGCAAUUUUGUUAUACAUUAAAUGUUUGAAUUGUUUAAUAGGAUUGAUCUGUGUAUGUCUGGUCCAUUUUUUUUUCUUCUAGCAUAUAUGUUGCGUUUUUAGUUGGCGUCGGUGGAGUCGUCUCAUCGUCGGCAGUGGUAAGUUACAAGUAACUAUAUUAGUCAGUAGUGAUCUAAAUAUCCUGCUAACUGACCGGCGACGGAGGCCAGCGUUGUUUAUUGCGGUACGCAAAACUAGCUUUAUGCAAUUUUUUUAUAAUUACCUUAAUAAUUAUAAAACCUAGUGUAUACAAUGUAACAAGUUCUAGUAAAAAUAAAAUAAGUUAUUGUA